AUGAGCGAGCUCCGACCUCUGCGUGGAGGUUGCCAAUGCGGCCGUAACCGUUACAUCAUUGCCGUUCCAGGCGACAGUCUACACCAGGCAGAAAUCCUGUUCAACACAGAACCAGAACACCCCUACAUCCGCGUGCCGCUGGCAUGGUUUCACAGCACAACGUCCGCCUUCUACCCCGACGAGACGCACACACUCAUCCGCCGCGUGUACACGCAUCCGAGCCAGAGCUACGCCAAACGCCAGUUUUGCGGCUAUUGCGGCACUCCACUGAGCUACUGGUCCGAAAAUCCGCCCAGCGAGGCAGACUACAUCAACCUCACCCUAGGCAGCCUGCUGCGCGACGACCUGCGCGACCUCGAGGACAUGGGUCUCAUACCCGAUGCCAGUGAGUCGGACGGCAGCCACAACGAUAGUGCAAGCGACGGCUCGGCGGCAGCGGCGACGGCCAGUACGCCCCCAAAGGUCGGAAGAAGGCCAAGCAGGGGUACCGCGCUGCGCGAGUCGUAUGGUGUCCCCUGGUUCGACGGACUGGUUGAGGGAACGCGGCUGGGUAGGAUGCGGCAGAGUAGAGGUAUCCAGAGGUCCAGCAACGGAAAUGUCCGUGUGGAGUGGGAGGUGGUUGAGUAUGGGGGCGAGGACGAUGAUGACGAGAUGGGCAACACGACAACGACACCGGGCAAAAGGAAGCGCCUUGGGUCUGACGUCGGUGAAAAUGCAUACCGUGUCUAG